AUGCUUGAUCGGCCAACGCCUCAAGGGCAUACACACAGAUGGACGGUGUUCGUGCGUUCGGCUGGGCAGCAUCAAUUCACCGAUCGAACUUUCAUCAAAAAGGUAACCGAAACCGGCUAUGCGGGUUUCUCAAUACCCAUAUCGGUGUCUUUUUCUGGUACAUCCAAGGUGUAUCGACUUUAUUACGAUAUGAAUUUAUGCCUCGAAAAACAAUCUGAACAUAAAGUGGAACAAAUUCUGGAAAUCAAACAGCCAUCAAAGUCAUUUUAUGAGCUCAUUAUGAAAUACGGUGGUGUUGUGAAGAAAGGUGAACGAAAGGAAAAGCAUCGACUCAAACCAAAGCAAAUGCCAACAGAAAAUACAAAUGAAAAAGAGGACGAUUGUCCAACUGAGGAUUGCAACAAGAAACGAGAAAAGAGUAGAGAUCAUCAGUUGGAACAGACAAAAAACCGAAAGGAUCGCGAGUUUGUUGAUUGUGUAGAGUCGCGAACGAGACGGGAACGAGAUCGAGAACUGCUUGAAGAGGAAGACACGAUCAGUCGGAAAGAAACAGAGCAGCAACGCCAGUCGACAAAGGAACGUGCUGUAGAUGAGAAGUCAGGUAUAGAAAUGAGAAAAAACUCGGAGGCGAAAGACGAAAAUGAGAGACGAAAGGAAAAAGAGUCGUCAAGAAGGGUGGUUGAUAACGAAAGUUGUCAGGCGACAGCGAUCUCGUCCGCUCGAAGCAACAAAGUAACACCGCGUAGUAACAAUGAUCGAAUAUCAUCGAAUUCGGAGCGAGAAAAAGUGAAGCGCUCGAAGGCGAAUAAUGACGAAACUGAGUCGGUCGUUGCAAAGAAGUCUAGGAUGGACGAUGUCGAAUUGGAGUCACUAAAAGCGCUUCAGCGGAAACUAAUGACAAUCUGUGAUGUGGAACGCCUGCAAGCCAUUGUUGAGGCGGUUAUCGCUUCAGGGCCCACAUCCGGCCUGCAAAUGGCUCGAAUGUGCUUAUCCGAAGAUAAUUUUCUCUCGUUUGAUCUCUGUGCGUUGAGCACAUCGUUACUCUCGCAAUUCGAAGAAAUUUGUUCGAAACAAGUUUAA